GUUGUUGCGCGGCGUUCUAAUGUAGAGCAAGUGCGGCUAUUUGUAGCGGUUUGAUUUUUUGCGUUUAAUAAAGAGUUCUGAAAUAUUCGAUUGUUCGAUUGUUGAAUUUUACUAAGUGACAAACCGCCUUUUAAGUGUAAGUGUUGUUUAUGGGAAGACCUAUCCAACAACAAAACACACGUGCAAGCAAACACAAACACACAUACACAUAUCAACUAAACUUAUAUAAAUUUAAACUCACGAUGUUCAAAGCUGUCAAAAAGAAGUCCAGGUUAUUGAUGGGCAUGGUUAAUGCUGAAGCAGACUUAAAUGAAGCCAAAUUUAUAUAUUACUAUGGGCCGACUCAUGGCGAUAGUUCAAUUUAUAGCUUAAAUGAUUACAGCUCUCUAUUGGAAAACUCCAACUUCGACAAAUCUAAAAAUACAGUUCUCUAUUUACAUGGAUAUUUAGAAGACCCAAGUGUUGAGAGCAUUCAUGUUAUUGUUGAUGCUUAUAUGCAACGGGACGAUAUCAAUUUAAUUAUUCUGGACUGGAGCGAGCUAGCUGAUGGCAAUUAUAUGUUUGAUGCAGUUGGAAAUGCUAAACAGCUUGGGCCUAUUAUGGCGGAUGUUCUGUUGAAAAUGUUUGAAAGUGGCCUGGAAAUAAAUACAUUUCAUAUUGUAGGACAUUCACUGGGUGGACAAAUGGCUGGUAUAAUAGGUAGAGAAAUUUAUCGUUUAACCAAUAAGACUAAACAAAUUAAGAGAAUAACGGCUUUGGACCCUGCUUUUCCUUUGUUUUACAUGGGCAAACUUGCAUCACAUUUGAAUAGAAAAGAUGCGGAAUUCGUUGAUGUUAUACAUACCGAUGCCUGGCUGUACGGUGCACCGGUCAGUACUGGCACCGCUGAUUUUUGGCCUAAUAGUGGCAAAACACUACAGCCUGGUUGUCCAAAACGCAACUACAAAAUGUUAACUGAUAAUGUGCUUUCUAUUUCAGAUUUAUCAAGUCACAGACGUUCAUGGUGGUUCUGGGCAGAAAGUGUUACGGGUAAAUUUACAGAUAAUUUUGAAGCGGUCAAAGCCAAAAACUGGAAUGAUUUUAAGAAUGGUAAAGUUUUAUCGAGUAGUCACAAUAUCGUUGUUAUGGGCCAUGACUGCCCAACAAAUAUUUGUGGAGACUACUUUUUGCAAACCAAUGGCAUAACACCAUUUGCUAGAGGAAAAGCUGGCACAAUAUAUGUGGAGCCAAAAGAACUUAUUGGAUACAAAUAUGUUAAUCCAGAUAUGAAUGAUGGUUUAGAGAAGUAAAU